AUCAAAGUUCUAUUUUCGUUGUACUUUCAGGGCUACCGCCCCCUUCUGUGCCAAUUUGGAGGACUCGAAGUAAUCUAAUUGACAACUUGAUCCUUUUUUUCUCUGUACCAGUCUGUAAAACUGACAAUAAAACACACUAUUGCUUCAUUACAGUAUAAAUAUUCAAAAUUGAUGCACAGCUCUUUGAAAUUUUAAAAGUUAAAUAAAGCAACAUAACGCCACAAAAAGGGUGGUUAUUGAAAAUCUGGCCAAAGUAAUAAGCCGGGCGUUUUAUUUACUUUAGGCUCAGGCUAGAUACUAGAAUCUAGACAACAUUCUGCUCAACUCAAACGAACGUUUGGACAACCAAAGGGGGAAUCAACGCCCAUAACACACUCUGUGCAUCAAUUUCUGUUGCAGUGACCAGCAUGGCACAGAUCAGCCAAAAACUCUAUGGUGGAGUGGAAGGAGGUGCUUCAUUCACAAAGUUUGUACUCGUUGGAGCUGAUGGAAAAGUUCUUUCUAGUACUCAAGGACAGGGAACAAAUCAGUAUUUGAUAGGACUUGAUGAGUGCUUGAAGCGCAUCAAUGCUCUCGUCAAAGAUGGUCUUAAAAGUGCUGGCCUACCGGAAGACACCACUCUGGAAGGCCUGGGACUGAGCCUUAGUGGUGGGGAUGUUGAGGAGGUGCAGAAGGAGAUCAAAGCUGCUGUGAUGAAAGACUACCCUGCCCUCUCCAGGCACGUGUAUGUUGGCAGUGACACCGACUCCGCUCUAGCUACAGCCUUACCCAGAGGUGGCAUUGUCAUGAUUGCUGGCACUGGUUCCAACUGUCAACUGAUCAACCCAGAUGGGUCGUCCGCUCGCUGUGGUGGGUUGGGACACAUGGUUGGUGAUGAAGCCUCAGCGAUAUGGAUUGCUCUUCGGGCUAUAAAGAUUUACUUUGACAACGAAGACGGAUUUGAAGCAUCGGAGCACAGUGUUGAGGAAGUGGAAAAGACGAUAUUUCGAUACUUCAAUAUUGACAACAGAUAUGGACUACUGUCUUUUCUCUACUCAGACUUUGUCAAGGCAAAGAUUGCAGGCUUGUGUAAAGAAUUAGCUGAUGUCUGUUUUGAGAAGCAAGACCCGCUCUGCUGUGCUUUGUUCAGAGAUGCUGGAAGGAUGGUGGCCAAGCAUCUUGUCGGAGUUUCCUCCAAAAUUCAUGAGGUUUUGUGGAUGAGAUGACCGCUCGUAUCUCUCAGUCUGGGGUACAGGAGGUGACCAUGAAGCAGCUGAAGGUGGAAGCCAGUUUCGGGGCCGCAGCUCUGGGUGCAAAAGCAUGUGGUGUGGAGCUACCGCUGGACUACAACGCCAAUGCAUCUGUGAUGUAUCAUAAAAAGUUUUAAUGCUGUAGAUGUCUUUUUUUGCAAGGUCUUAUUCUCUCGAGAAGCGAAAUCCAUGAGUUUUUAUUACGUUAAGGUGAGUGAAGGUUUUGUACUGAACUGAUGGACUUAAUUGUGAAAAGUCUCAGCUAAUUAUCUCGGCUUGGGAUUUACUGUGUCCAGGAAUUCUGAAGAUUUGAUGGUUUCGAAAGAGUUUAAACUGGGUUCGUAAGAACAGCAGUACUAAAGGGAUCAACUAUGCAAAUAUAACAAUAUUGUACACGUUUGAUAUGGUGAUAUUGAAAGUCUUAUUUGUUAUUUUAUGCAAGGUGAAAUGUGACCAGAGAUAUUGUUACCAUUAGUAUCAUACUGAAAUUGGGGGGAAUAUUUUGUAUAUCUCCCUUUGCUUAAAGACUUGGAAGAGCACAGGGUUUUCCAUCAUUUUCUGUUUUUAAAUAAAUGAACAAAUUUUAAGUUUUGCACCCAUUUAUUUUGAAAAUUUCUGGAUAAGCGAUCAAUACACAAAUUGUUUGAGAAAACUUCCCGAUUGCUCCAAUGAGUUCUUGCCAGGGUCUAAUUGGUCCAGUACCAUGUGGUGUGCCAUUACACUACCUUGACUACAGCUUUAUUAACUCCAUUUUCACAUGUUUUCAGGGACAGACCACUUUUUCGUUUACUCAUUUCUUUUACUUUACAAUUUCCUUACAAAGGUUUGAGAGUUUUACUAUAUAUGUAUACACCUGAGAAAGAGCUCCUUUUUUUCCCUCAAGAGCUUUAUUGUUACUGACCUAUGACUUUCAAUGAAGUAGAGGGAUAGACCCAUUUGCUCAACUUUUGUUGUCAGCUGUUCUUUUCAUUAAGUGUGUUCCAUUGUUGAGAGUGGUUGCAAGACUGAUUAAUGGAUUGAUACUACUUAAACUUAAAAGAAAGUUGUAUAUUGUGCCAGAUACCUCGUUGUAAUGUGAAGUUCAGGAUUCAUUUUGUUCCUAUAGUUAUGUCAUUUAUUCCUUAGUAAAGAAUAAUAUACGCAACACAAUUGUGUUUUUAAAAAAUGUGAAUAUCGACAUAGAGGUGUAGUACUUAUGAGAAAUGGUGUUUAGAAGGCCUGUCUAUAGUGUUAGGUCUUUGGUCAACAUUUUUUCCAUAGUACAAAUUAAGAUGCUUGAAAGUACACUGUAUUGUCUCUGCAGGCUCGAUUUGUUGAAAUCAACAUGUCAUUGAAUGUAUUAUAUUCAUCACCAGAAGUCUUGUGUCACUGUUGUUGGAAUUAAAUUUUGCCAAGACUUUGGAGACUUUGGAGUAGGAAUGUCUCAGUCUGGAAGUAUGAAGACUGUCUUUGUCUUGCGUAUAUCUUUUUGUAGUAGAAUGCAGUAAAAGGGAGUCUGUUCGGUGCUAUUUUUUUGCUUUUCAGUGAGUAUUAACUCACUUGAGCCUGUUUCAUUUUAUUUAUGGGACACCCCGCUGGCCUGGUAGCCUAAUCCCGUGUAUUUACGAAAUGCGCUUUAUCAAUCGAUAUCUUUUGUGUUUUUCGGUUACAAGCUACAGGAAGUGGCGAGCCAACAGUUGACCCACUUGUUUUGUUUUGCUAAAAAUUUGGUGAAGUUAUGUGUUAUAAUUUUUUAGCUGUAAUGGACUAAGUCAGUCACCCCCACAUUGUGAUAAUUGAUUUUAUUUUAAAUUGGGCGCAAAAAAAAUUGCGUAACCCCCAGACAUUACCAUUUCAAAAUAUUGAUAAAAUAAAAACUCUUUGGACCAAUUA